UCAUCAAUAAGAGCCGGCAAGCGCUGUGAGGUUUGCCACACUGCCUUCAUCCAGCGGAGGAGUAAGAGCAAAGGCAGAGACUGGCAGAGAAACCGAGUAUCCGCCGAGGGUAAGGCUGCCUAUUGCAGUCCUGGUCUUGAGUUGCUUUUUGCUGCUGUCCCUCACUCAGAUUGUCCAGGUAGUACCCUAGCAAGCAACAAGGAUGGAUGUCUUUAAGAAAGGUUUCUCCAUUGCUAAGGAAGGUGUGGUGGCUGCUGCAGAAAAGACCAAGCAGGGAGUGACGGAGGCUGCAGAGAAGACUAAAGAAGGGGUGAUGUAUGUAGGUACCAAAACCAAGGAAGGUGUAGUGCAAAGUGUGACCUCAGUUGCUGAGAAGACCAAAGAGCAGGCCAAUGUCGUGGGAGAAGCUGUAGUAGCCAGCGUGAACACAGUGGCAAACAAGACUGUAGAAGGAGCAGAGACCAUCGUGGCCACUACAGGAGUUGUAAAAAAGGAGGACCUGGCUGUGCCGCAGCCGCCCGAGCAGCCGGGGGCAGUGGGAGAGGGGGACCCGGCAGCCAGUGCAGGAGGCGGCGGAGAGGCAGACUAUCCCAGCCAGUAUCAGCGGGGCCCUUGA